AGCACCGUCGGGGAUACAUCAGUUAACACGCAACUCCUGUCGGCGACUUGCACACUGCAGCUUCGAAAACACAAUGAAGGUCCUUCUUCUUCUGUGCCUUUUGGGCGUCGCCCUGGCCGCUCCCCAGCUCCGAACGCAACAACAGGAGGAUGAGGACACCCCCGAACCAUACGAAUUCACUGUGCUGGUCGCCGAUGACGAACUCGGGAACCACCAGGAGCGAGUCGAGUCGCAGGACGCCAACGGAGUCGUCCAGGGGCAGUACGCGUGGGUCGAUGCCGGCGGCGUCCGUCACGUGACCACGUACUCUGCUGACCCCGUGAAUGGCUUCGUGAGCAACACCGUGCAGGAGCAGACUGACAUCCGCGUGGUGGUGCCCCAGCCAACCCCUGGCCCUUAAACUGUUCAUCGUUCCUACAAACUUCUUUUUAUCUUCACAACUUCCCCACCCUCUCACACAGCCCACCCUGAAGUUGUUGAAUCUGAUUUCCUAGAACAAUAAUGGCAAAAAUACAAAUAAAAAACAUUAAAAACACUUGAUGUCACAGCUGUUCAGUAAUACCCGGCGUUCUUGCGUCAUCUUCAGUCAGACUGCUUAUGAACAUUACUUUUCCUCUCUCUCUCUCUCUCUCUCUCUCUCUCUCUCUCUCUCUCUCUCUCUCUCUCUCUCUCUCUCUCUCUCUCUCUCUCUCGCUCUCGCUCUCUCUCUCUCUCUCUCUUCCCCUCUCUCUCUCUCUCUCUCUCUCUCUCUCUCUCUCUCUCUCUCUCUCUCUCUCUCUCUCUCUCUCUCUCUCUCUCUCUCUCUCUCUCUCUCUCUCUCCUUUCCGAUACAACACGACAUGAGAUAACACGAAAUAUUUGUCAUUUUCUUUUCUGCGCCUUGUGGGAAAACGAAAUCGGUAGAGGAUGAUAUCUUUGGAUUAGUUUAUUUUUGUUUUUAUCAUGGCUUUUUAUUUUUAUCGGUUUAUUUUUUUUCUCUACCUUUCUCUUUGCACGAUGAAUUUAUCGAGGCCAGCAAUGGUGGAGGGAUGCAGAGGAGAGGCGUAGAUGAUAUAGUUAUCCAGAUUAUUUUCUUUAUCUCGAAAAUCAAAUACGUCCUCUUCUCUUUCUUCCUCGUCAUCUUAUUCAGUCUAAGUCAUACUUCCCGUCUUAAUUUCAUGUUCAUCUUAUCAUUAAUAUCCGAUUUAUUCAUCAUUGCAUGUUACCUAUUCUUUACUUAGCAUUUUUUUUUUUUUCAUCUCCUGACUUUUUAGGAUACGGAACAUAUACGUAUAAGCUCUGACAUGUACACAUACACACACACACACACACGAUUUCUCUCCCUUCGCAUCUCAGGGAAACUUCAAGAACUUCCCCCUUAUGCGAACGGCAGAAGUCAUUUUCUUCUUUCCUGGCGCGUCUCAUUCUUUGCAUUGUUAUUUCCUUCAAGUUGAUUGUUUAUUGCCACAAGAGAUUCCUGUUCGUGUUGAAAGCUUUUUGGCAAAAAUCAUGCAUGUCGGCGGACUCUGUCUGCAUCUCCUGCCCGGCUUUGUGCGCGUGUGGGCGAGUACAAAUAAAUAUUGGCUGCUUC